GACCUGCAGCCUCUGCCUUCAUUGGGACUGCCAGGAUGGGGAACAGCGGCUCAGCCGUGAAGGUCUGCACAGAUCACCAAGGAGGCAUCAACUGGCUGAGCCUGAGCCCAGAUGGGCAGCGCCUGCUCACGGGUAGUGAGGAUGGCACUGCGCGGCUCUGGAGCACUGCCGACAGCCAGUGCCAUGGCCACUUCCAAGGACAUGAAAGUUACAUCACCUUUUGCCACUUAGAAAAUGAGGCUGCCUUCACGUGUAGCGCAGAUCAUACCAUUCGAAAGUGGGAUGUGAUGACAGGUCAGUGCCUGGCCAUUUACCGAGGACACACAUCAAUUGUUAACAGGAUCCUGGUUGCCAAAGACUAUCUCUUUAGUGGCUCCUAUGAUAGGACGGCCCGCUGUUGGAGUGUGGACAAGGAGAAACAAAUCCAGGAAUUCCGGGGCCAUCGGAACUGUGUCCUGACUCUAGCUCACUAUUCCUCCAGGGAUGUUCUUGAAGAAGAGGAGGAGGAAGAGGAGGAGGAGGAGAAAGUGAGCAGAGACCUCCUGGUGACAGGUAGCACAGACUGCACUGUUAAAGUCUGGUGGGUGUCCAGUGGGCGCUGUUACCAGACUCUGCUGGGACACACUGGGGCUGUCUUAUGCCUUAUACUUGACGCACCAAACAGGGAGCUGUUUUCUGGCAGCACGGAUUAUACCAUUCGAACGUGGAAUAUUGUCACUGGUGAGCAGCUGAAAGUGUUCAAAGAGCAUCAAGGAUCAGUAAUUUGCCUAGAGCUAGUGAAUCGGCACUUGUAUUCAGGAAGCGCGGACAGGACAGUGAAGUGCUGGUUAGUAGACACUGGGGAGCGAAUCCAAACGUACAAGGCUCACAAACACAGCGUUAGCACUUUGAAAUACCACGCUGGGAUCUUGUUCACAGGAAGUGGUGAUGCCUGCGCAAGAGCUUUCAAUUCCAAGAGUGGUGUCCUGCAGAAGAUCUUUCGAGGGCACAAGUUCAUCAUCAACUGCAUCCAGAUCCACAACGAGUUGCUCUACACAGCUUCCCACGACGGCACACUAAGGAUUUGGGACAUCCGGGGGAUAUGCAAGAGAAAUAAGCGGCGUUUGAAGAAGGAGAGGUCUGCCCAGGGCAGGAGCUCUCAGAAGGGAAGUCUGUCUCGUCUCUUCAACAAUAAAGUAGGCUGUAUGGUACAGCAAGAAAAUGGGGAACAUGAGGCCGUUGAACUAAUGUGACUGUCCAGAACAGACUUUCCAUCAGUGACCAAAGCUGAACCUUUUGUUUUCUGCACCACUGUGUCCGUGUAAACCAGAACUUGGAAAGAGAUGGGAAACGGCUUUGCUUGAACCUCUGUUUCAGGAGCCAGGAUUCUCUGUGACUGUCAGAUGGACUCAAGUCAGAUAUUGUCACUGGAGAUCACUCUCAGCUGAGCAGUACUGGGAUCAGGAGGGACUGCAGUGUGGUUCA